AUGUCUUUAAGAUCAUCUAAAACUUCUUCUUUCAAGCAUUUCACUACUGCUGGUAGUUCUCUGUUGAGCUGCAGUGAGAAUGGUGUGGAUACUGAAAUGAUUAAUAUUGAUCUUACUGCUGAAAUUCAUAUUGUGAAUGAUAAUGUCAGUGGCAAUAAUAAUUUCAGUGGUGUGGGGUCAGAGCCUACACUCCAACUUUCAAUAUUCAUUAAAAAGUCUGUUGUUAUUGCUGAGAGACUUCUCAAGAGAUUUAUCAUCUUCAUUAAGAAAUUCAUCAUGAGCUCUGUUGUUCAAAUUAAAGAGUUCACUGUCUCAUCCACUGAUAUCAAGAAAUCUGUUGCAAACUCUGUUGUUUGA